UUUUUCCAGGGGGGCAUUUGUUACUGUUACACCGGCGCCCGGGAGAUUGAUUGGUUCCAAGAGUCGAGCAUAGAGGGCACUCGACAGAGUAAUGGACUUUUUGCAGUUUUUCUCAAUUGUUGUCGCUUUAUUGGCCGUUCUUCUGGCAUCUGUUAUUGUAUAUCUUGAAUUGACUCCUUCUGUUAACGAAAAAACUAAUCUCCUAAUGGCGGCGGCCGCAUCAGAUGAGAACAACGUUGAAAGUUUCAAGGGGAAGAACAUGUCUGCGUUUAUUGUUGGCUACACUGGAGAAACGGGCAAAGUCCUCGUUAGGGAAUGUCUCCAGAGGAAUAUCUUCAAAAAGCUGGUUCUCAUUGGACGCAGGGAGGUAAAAUAUAAUGAAGACAUUUACAAGGAUGUGGAGCAAAGAAUUGUUGACUUCGAGAACCUUGGUGAUUAUAGUGAAGCUUUCAAAGAUAUCCAUGUGGGCUUUGUUACUCUUGGAACAACUCGUGGCAAAGCUGGAGUUGAGGGCUUCAAGCGAGUGGACUAUGACUAUGUAGUGAAGACUGCUGAACUUGCGAAACAGGGAGGAUGCCAACAUUUCAACCUUUUAUCAUCUCAGGGGGCUAACAAGAAUAGCUUCCUCCUUUAUCAAAUGGUGAAGGGCGAGGCUGAAGAGACCGUAUCUCAGAUGAUGUUUAAACGCUUAACGAUAUACCGGCCAGGACUGUUACUCUGUGAUCGGGAGGAACAUAGAACAGGCGAGAAGAUAUUCAACUUCUUACUGAAGCCUGUUGCCAAAUGUGCUCCAACCGUGAUGACUGUCCCAACCACCACCGUUGCUAAGGCGAUGGUGAAUGCUGUGGUUGCCGAGUCGUCACAACCGAUACAGAUUCUGGAGAACAAGGAUAUUCAUCAGCUGGCAGGCAAUGCAAAGAAAUAACAUGUACUUGUCGAAUGAAAACUAAUACCAGGUGAUACAAAAUAGACUAUAUAUAUUUGACAUGUUGAUUGUCAUUCAAAAGACAGUGUAGGCCAUGCAUGCAAGCUCCCUCAAGUUGUACAUGUAUAGCAGAGUAUGAUGAUGAGUCAGGAACAUAGAACUAGGAAGAAUUGUUUUGGUCUCUAGUUGUGUGUGACCCAGAUACGCCUUGAUUAUUGUAUAAUUGUUUCAAAUGCCAGAUAAGCUGAACAAUUCCAUCAUGAAGUGGAUCAUGAUUCAAAAAUCACAUGCCAUGCAAAAGGUUGUGGCAGAUUUUUAAUUGCAAACUUACUUGUAAAUGCUAUGCACCAUUGCUUAUGCUGUAGAACACAUUGUAUUACAUGUACAGUAUUUUUACAUGAGUUGAUUUAUAAUGAGAUUCAGCUAAUAAUCCUUCCACAUUGCAUUGUUUCUGAUGACCCAUUUUACCAUGGUAUGACCAGUAAAUUAAUACAUGUAGCAGACAUCAUCAGUGUCUCCUGAUGAUUUUUACUAAUGAAUAAGUGUUUGAUGCCUAAUGGUGUUUAAAAUCUGAUGUCUUAGAUGUAUAAAAUGAGUGACAGUCAUUGAUACCACCAACAUCAUCAAGGACACAUUGGUUUUUCAAUGCAAGAGGAAAGCAGUUCACUUUGUUUUUUAUGCCAGACUUGUAUGAAAAAGUGGUGGUAUCUUGGUGUAAUACGUAGAUGUUAGACCAGACAGUGUAUUUCUGGCAUCUCCUUAUGCGUGCAUUUUGACUGCAGGGGGAAGUCAUCUUCUUCUGUUUCCAUGAAUGACCAGUGUUUCCUAUGAUCUCUUUUGUUGACUACAAUGAUGUGGUUCAGUAUUUCUUCAAUGAGUGUAAAUGCUAAUUUAUUUUUAGACAUUAGGGGCCAAAUUCAUGAAGGCCGUUUAGCUUAAAACAGCGUUUAACUACUGAAUAGACAGAUUCAGGUCCAUCAUGUAAAUCUUCACAGAAUAUGAAUAGGCCCUGAAACUAAUUAGGGAGAAGUUACACACGUCUAACCAUUAAACGCCCUUUAUGAAUUUGGGCCUAGGUGUCCUGAUUUAGGGAGAAAUUAGCUUUUUUUGUGCAAUGUUAUGAGGGUGCUCUUCUGAAAGAGGUGUUUGCUGAGGGAGGUUUUGACUGUCUUGAGGACAUGCCUGGUGUGUAAAUCACGAGAUAUUUCAUGCACAUAAAAUGUUGUAUUAUGCCAUUUGUAGGAUAUUUUCAAUUUUUGUACAGAGGUCGAAUCGAGACUGUUUUUUUUGUGAUUUUUCAAAGUUUAGGGGCUGUUUCAGGUAUGAAUAUGUUGUGUACAUGAAGGUCAUAGCUGUGUUUUGGUAGAGACAUUGUUAUAUAAAUGAAUAAAUUCAUGAUGACA